GUUUCCACGCAGGUUUGAGUAUAGCUGUAAGGAUGGCUGUGAUUUCUUUGACUUUUGCCGUGUUCCUUGUAUCUGUCAGCACCCUGCCCUCUGCUGAAGCAGAACACCAAUACCGGGAAGUUCAUGGAGUGCUUGAGAAUGGGAAUCGAUGUGUCUGCAAAAUGCAACUUUCUGAAUGGGAAUUUCCAGUUGAAAGAUUUGGACAGUUACAAGAUCUAUCGCGGAACUGCACCACAUCUCUGGAAGAGAGGAAAUCAGAGGCAACUUUUGCUGAGUCCAGGAUUCCAGAGUUCCAGGCACAGAUACGAAACCUAUCUUCUCAGCUACAACAGUUUGAGGCAAUGUACAAACAGAAACUGUACCAUCCACUCAACUUUUGGACUCUCCGCUGGGAGCUGAAGCAGCUCAGCUCAGAGGUUGCAAAGGCGCAGAGUGACCCUUCAUCAAACACCGACUUACUUCGCAAGGUCUCCACCGAGAUGCUGGAUACCCACCUCAAGGUGAAAAACCUGCAGCAAUAUGACAAACAAAACCUACUGUUCAUGAAAGACCACUUGAAGAAAAUGAAGAACCAGCUGGAGAGCUUCUCUGUCUAUGGCAACUUACAUAUUGGAAACUGUUCUGGAGGAAUUUUACGCAACAUUAGUGAGCCGGUAUUAGCACAACUCAACCCAUAUGGCACAUCAUACCAUUACGGAGGCUGGGGUAUGGACUCAAUGCCCGGAAGCCCGCAACACUACUGGGUUAUGGCACUGCUGUCUUACAAUAUUUAUGGAAAUGUGGUCCGAACCUAUAAUUCUUACAAAGACUUCCUGACAGCAAAAUCCAACAUUGAUAUUUCAGUGAAAUCAUCAUACACUGCCACCAAUGCAAUACAGGGUCCAGGGGUCGUGGUUUACAAUAACUCUCUGUAUUAUAAUUGUUAUAAUUCUGGGCAAAUGUGCAGAUUUAAUAUAGCAACAAAAGGCAUCACAAAUGUAGUCCUUCCCAAUGCUGGUUAUAAUAAUAAAUUCCCUUACUGUUAUUAUGACUGCUAUGGUCACACGGAUAUGGAUUUCUCAGUGGACGAAAAUGGCAUUUGGGUCAUUUAUGCCACUGAGAACAAUUAUGGCAAUAUUGUAUUGAGUAAAAUAGACAGCAUUAGUUUGGCUGUGCUGCAGACCUGGAAAACAAAGCUCUUCAAGAAAGCGGUAACCAAUGCCUUUGUGGUUUGCGGAGUGCUUUAUGCCACCCGAUAUGUCAGUAAUACUGAAGAGGAGAUAUUUUACAUGUAUGACACAAUCACUAACCAGGAGGCCAAAAAUCUCAAUAUCCGGUUUGUCAAAUACUCUCCAAACGUGGCAAACAUCCACUACAACCCAGUAGAUAGGAAACUCUACAUUUUUAAUGGUGGCUACAUGAUAGCAUAUGAGCUCUUGUUUUAUUAAAGGUUGCAACUUAAUAAUUUCUCUCCCACCAUAUUCAUCAAAUAAAGGAUUUCAUGCAAUUAAAUACAUUUACUAUAAUGGUACCUACUAAUUUUAGAAUGGCUUAGGACGGUAAACACACUGUACAAGGAAUGGUUUGUUACUAAACAUUAAGAAGUCUAAGAGGAAGAAUCUUCAAAAACAAGCAUUGAUGUUAAAACUUUAUGGUCUGGGUAAUAUGCACAAUUAGAGUAAAAAUUAAGAAGAUAGGGAUCAUAAAUUCACAGCCCUACCUGAUGUACUCACUAGUCAGUAACGUAUAACUAUGGAAAUGGUUUGAUUAACAGCCUGUAGAAAAUGCUAGGAUGGGGAAGAAGCCAACUCCUGGGAUAAUUUGAUUGCAAUCUAGAAUCCAAUGUUUUCUCUUCUUACGCUAGUUUAUCCAGCAUUUCCCUUACUCUGAAAGACAAGAUAUUAAGUGAAUGUGAUAUUUUGAAGGUUGACCUAUGGUUUCAUUUACGAGAUGAUUGGAUGCCAUGGUUAGCAAAGUGAAGUUGUGCACAAUUUAGCGACUUGUGAAGUGCUGCACAUGAAAUUGAAACAUUUACAUGACUCAAAUUGCUUUGCUUAACUGUGUCUAAAACAAGGCUUGAUUAAGCAGGUCUAACUAUCUAUGUUAACGAGAUGGUGUCCAACAUGAAGUAUAGGAAUGAUCAGUGUGUCACAUGGCCUGUGUUGAACCACUUUGAGUAACCCUUUUUGUGCUUGAAUAAACUGUUUUUGAUAUA